AUUCUGUGCAGAGCGUAGAGCGCCACGGUCCUGCUGUCGACCCGGUCUCAUCUCAUCCAUCACGGGCUACCGGACACACAGAGAGACACACAGAGAGGAGGACAGACAGACAGACAGGCGACACAAUAAGAGCUGACCGACCAGCGAGCGGCUGCAUGGAGCUCAUCUGCCCGUUGCAGCUGGCAAGCAGGAAGUGUGUCCUUCCGCGAUAGAUGGCCACCAUGGAGCUGAGAUAACAUCUUCCUCUUUUCUUCACCAAUCACGGCUCUGGAUCGAGUAUAACCAUGGGAACAUGGCGUGGUCUGCGAAUGGCGUUCGUCCUGGGGUCUUUAUUCAUGAUCCUGCUGAUCAUCGUCUACUGGGACGACGUGGGGGGCUUCAACCUCUACCCGCUGCAGGAGCCCAAACACGAGUCACCACACUCUCUAGCGACUCCUGGGCCCUCGCACUCUACUACGUCCACCAGCAGAGCCCAGACCAGUUCUCCCUCCACUGUCCCCACUACUGCUCCCAGUACAACACGGGCGCCUGAGGAGACAGGAGGAGCAGCCGAGGAGCACACAGAGGAGGAGAGGAAGGAUGAAACAAGGGAGGAUGAGGAGAAGGAUGAUAGGGAGCAGGAGGCGAGGAGGCAGAGGAUCCUGGAUGUGUGUUCAGGAAAAGACGCUGUUGAAUUCCCCGGAAGGACUCGGGCGUUUGAGCAGAUCCCAAACAGGGAACUGGAUCACCUGAUAGUGGACGACACUCACCAGAUUAUCUACUGCUAUGUUCCCAAGGUGGCGUGCACCAACUGGAAGAGAGUGAUGGUGGUCUUGUCUCAGUCUCUGAUCUCGCCCUCCUCAGGAAAACCCUACACUGACCCAGAGGCUGUACCUCCUGACAUCGUACACAACUCCUCUCUCCACCUCACUUUUGCCAAGUUUUGGCGCCAUUAUGGUUCUCUGUCCCGCCACCUGAUGGCACUCAAGCUCCAGCACUACACCAAGUUUCUGUUUGUACGAGACCCUUUUGUUCGGCUUAUCUCGGCUUUCAGGAACAAGUUUGGAAGGCCCAACGAGGACUUCUACAAGCAGUUUGGUUCCGUCAUGCUGCGGCGUUUCGGUAAUGUGUCGGGCAGUUUGCCAGAGACGGCGGCGGAGGCGUUUGCAGCAGGAAUCAAACCCACGUUUCAGCAGUUUAUCACAUACCUGCUGGAUCCAGAGACCGAGAGGGAGAGUAUCUUCAACGAACACUGGCGGCAGGUAUUUGUCUCACACAGCAGUGUGUACCGUCUGUGCCAUCCAUGCCAGGUGAAGUAUGACUUCGUUGGCCGACUAGAAACCCUGGAAACAGACGCGGAGCACCUGCUGAAGCUUCUGGAGGUGGAUCACCUGCUACGCUUCCCUUCAGGGGCUCGAAACCGAACUGCAGCCAGCUGGGAGAGAGACUGGUUUGCACAGAUUCCCAUAGAAAUGAGGAGAGAACUUUACAGGCUGUACGAACCAGACUUUGAGCUGUUUGGCUAUCCCAAACCUGACAGCACGCUCCACCAGUAGACCACACCGAGCCAAAGGCCCGGGCGCUGCACUGUGUGUAGAGCCCACACCUCAACUACCUAAUGCCUUUAAAGAUCCAGUCUAUGAUGCUGUUUGUUUCAUCUGCUAUGUGCAUACCUCAAAUGACAGAAGUGCCUGCCAGUAUUAUUUUAUUUUUGUCAUCAUUUCAUAUCUGAAGCACACCUGCUUACAAGCUGCGUUAUCCCAGUCUGUUUUACCCAUGUAAAGGCACUUUGAAAAAUAUUUUGUAAAUACUAUUUUGGUAAGUCAUUGGGAAAGGACUGGGGCUAACUGUUGGCUGACAUCUCUCUGAAGGAAAUUAUGUCGUAGAGAAAUAAAGUGGUUUUGUAAAUGUU